AUGAUAACUCUGAAGCAGCUGCAGAGAUUUGCCGCUCAGUUUGCCACACGCCAUGUAGGGGACACGCCAAGCCUGAAUGAGAUGACACCAACAUCCAGAUGCACACAUUCUGGUGCAGAGGCUUCAGGGGGCUGCAGGAAGAUGCUGCUGAUUCUGGUCGCCCUGAUCUACUGCAUCCCUACAGCUGGGGCCUGUCUGCAGUGUGACCGCACCACUAGAAACAUGCAUGAAGACUUCAUCCUGUCGGCUCCCACUGUGGAAGAUCAAAUGAAGCUGCAAGACAUUUGCGACCAUGCCCAUGUGACGUACAGGAAUACAAGCCAGGAUCGGGAGGGGGUCAUUGAUCCAACCACAUUCUACAGAGCCAAAACUGAGUACCAGAGUGAAUUUGAUCGCUUCUUGAAAACAAAACCCACCGGGUCUCUAACAUUUCGAACCAUUCAGAUCAUGGAGAAAGGCAGGAAGAUCUUAGAGAAACACUUGGACGCUUUCAUCCCCGAUGGACUUUGCCCCAACAAGUGUGGGCUUCUCAGUAGAAGAGUAAUGGACUGUGUUUCUUGCAAGUACAAGAUUUACAUCUGUCCAUCUCUGUCAGACCAGCUGGACUGUGGAGAGUAUCCAGUGCAGGCAGAGGAGGGAGGCCAGGCAGUGUUGGACUGUUUCCUUCCAUGGCAUCGUCUCCUAAUGGGAAAACCGGAGUACUACUACUCCUGGGCUCCUGGAGAGCCAGGAAACAAAAAGUGGACUGAAAAGGACUUCAAGGACUUGGUGGUGACGCAUGACUCGUCUAUUGUCCUGAAUCAGAUGCGUUUGGAUGAACAAGGAACAUAUCGCUGCUCUCUGCAAGACCAAAAUGGAACCGUCUUCUAUCGAGUCACUUUCCUAGUCACAGUUGCCGCCUUGCCUCUUCAGACCCCCCAAACCAUCGUCACUCUGCCCUCGCUGGAUCAUAGAGACUACUCUACAGAGAACCUGUUUGUGGCAGUUAUCGCCAUGGUUACAGCGCUGAGUCUGGCAGCAAGCGUAGGCCUCACAGUUGUCCUAGGGGUGAUGAUGAAUCGGCAAAGAACAGUCAAAAGACUUGAGAGGAGUAAGAAGGAGGAAAAAUACACAGAGGGCACAGUGUGAUGUAUACAGUAAUUAACACUCUCAGAUGACAGGAAGGGUUUUCUCACUUCUGUUUGUAAAUUUUACUCCGUGGUCAAAUAAAUUUCCCAGUAUGAAGUGUCAAGUCA